UUUCAAAAGAACCCCCCACGACUUAAAUUCAAGUUCACUUAAAUGCUCUGUUAAGACCUAAUGUGGCUGUUAGGAACUUGGGACCUCCGCCGCUUGCCGAUGACGCGUCCCAUUGUUCUCUCUCUAUCUUUUUGCUGUGCAUACACCAACGACAAAGAUUCUGACGUGAUACCUGCUGCAGCAAUUGAGUUAAGGUUGUGGCGUCGUCUUCUGAUGUGCGGCGGUAUGGCUAUUGUUCAAUGUUGUUUGUCAAACCGGGCUGAUCAUGACGUGCUUCUCACCACCGGGCAAAGAGAGAAACAGAACCCUAAAACUGACAUUGCUACGUUGGAAGUCGCCCUUACAACUUCAUUGUAAGUACAAGGUUCGGUGGUCUAAAAUAUCGGCAGUUGAAAGGUCUAGACUUGAAGACCGCUUUCUCUACUUUCUCGAGUUCGUUAGCCUUGAGACAGGAAGCAUUUUCUGUGUCCUUCUUCUUCUUCCUUCUUUUGCGAUUUUCUUGGUACAGUUUCUGGAAUUCCGGUACCUGAAGAGGUCUUGCUCCUCAUGGAAGGUCUCGAAUGGUUUUGCCUCAGUUUAUGACUACGCGAAGGUUUGCGCAGA